AAACAAGCUGACGGCCCACCUGAUGGAAAGUGGUAACCGUCGCCUAUAGACAUGAGCAGUACCAUGGACAUAGCAGACUAUACUGUUUCACCCAUGAUACCCCCAUGCGUUGCCAUUCCUGAGGACUCAGGUGUUAUUCCUCUGUACCCUGUAAAUUCACGCCAUAUCCCACCCUUCAAACCGAAACACAGUCAUGCAAACACAACUGCUUCACGGUUGAAACACGAAUGGGACAGAGGUGCCCAAGCAAUCGACUUUUGUACAAAGUCUCCCUCUGGUAUUUGGAAUACAAAAUUAGAGUUACCGACGUGUAAUUACUACUUCCUCUCCGACGAUAUCCGAGAUGAUUAUUUCAUAUAUUGGUUUAUUUAUCAAUCAUUCGGAAUGUACGGCCAUAUGAUGUAUAAUGUCAAUAUAGAUACAUUUAUUGCUGGUUUAAUAUUCAUUGCAGUUAGUCAAAUGAAAGUACUCAAUUUCAAAUUGUUGAAUUUAAAAGUGAACGCCAACUCUGGAUUGGAUGAGAAAGAGCAAGAUCGUCUACAGACUUUAAAACUUACCAAGUGUUUAGAACAUUACAAUAUCCUUCUAAGAUAUUGUAUGAGUAUUCAAGAAAUAUUGGAUGUAAUUAUAUUUGUACAAUUUGCAAUGGCAUCAAUUAUCAUAUGUGUAACUAUAUACGGACUGUUGUUGCUAUCUACUAAUAAGAGUUUGAUGUUUAUGGUUUCUUAUUUAUUGGCAAUGUUAUGCCAGAUUUUUAUUCCUAGUUUUUUGGGGACCUUAUUGUCUUUUGAGAGUGAAAAUUUAGUAUUUGCAGGAUAUAAUAGCGAGUGGAUACCAAGGUCUGAAAAAUUUAAGAAGAUUUUAAAGAUAUUUAUGGAACGCGCCAAAACACCUAUCGUAUUAACAGGUUUAAAACUAUUCCCUCUUUCUCUUGGAACAUUUACAUCGGUUAUGAAAACAGCUUCUUCUUUUUUAACUCUUGUAAGAAAUGUUCAAGACCGGCAAGAUGGGAAAAUCUAAAAUUUUUCUGUAAAAUAUAAAAAUAUAUCUUAAAAAGUUCCAAAUUAAUAUAUAUCAAUAAAUUUACGUUAAUGCUAAUAUUAUAUUAAUAUAAUUAAAAAGUUAAUUACGUAGCGAAUUCAAUUUAAU